GCCGCCGCCCCGCGCCCGCCCGCCGCCGCCGCCGCCGCGCUCGGAAAUGCCCCUGCAGCAGGCAAAGCGAAGGCUGGAGCUAGGAGAAAGUGGUCACCAGUAUCUUGCUGAAGGAUUAAAAACUCCAAAGGGGAAAGGAAGAGCUGCGACAAGAAGUCCAGAUAGUCCAAAAACUCCAAAAUCUCCUUCAGAAAAGACUCGGUAUGAUACAUCACUUGGCCUUCUUACAAAGAAGUUCAUUCAAUUGCUGAGCCAAUCUCCUGAUGGUGUCUUAGACUUGAACAGAGCGGCAGAGGUUCUCAAGGUGCAAAAAAGGAGGAUUUAUGAUAUCACCAAUGUACUGGAAGGCAUCCAUCUCAUUAAGAAAAAAUCCAAAAACAACAUUCAGUGGAUGGGCUGCAGUCUGUCAGAGGAUGGUGGCAUGCUGGCGCAGCGUCAAGGCCUCACAAAGGAGGUGACAGAAUUGACUCAGGAAGAGAAGAAACUGGAUGAGCUAAUCCAAAGCUGCACCCUCGACCUCAAGUUGCUAACAGAGGACUCAGAGAAUCAGAGAUUAGCUUAUGUGACAUAUCAAGACAUUCGAAAAAUUAGUGGCCUUAAAGACCAAACUGUUAUAGUUGUGAAAGCUCCUCCAGAAACAAGACUUGAAGUGCCUGACCCAGUGGAGAGUGCAUUGAUACAUUUAUCUAGUACUCAAGGACCUAUUGAAGUUUAUCUAUGCCCAGAGGAAAAUGAUGCCCUCAGUCCAAUGAAAACCUAUAGUCAGGACCACAAUGGAAAUAUUUCCAAGACUAUUUCCAAAGAAGUGGCUUCCAGUAACUCAGGACAAGGUGACUGCUCAGUGAAUAUGGCUACACUCUCUCCAUUGGCUUCUCCAGCCAACCUUCUCCAGCAGACUGAGGACCAAAUUCCCUCAAAUUUUGAAGGACCAUUUGUGAAUUUACUGCCUCCUCUGCUUCAGGAAGAUUAUUUGCUGAGCCUCGGGGAUGAAGAAGGCAUCAGUGAUCUCUUUGAUGCUUAUGAUUUAGAGAAGCUUCCUUCAUUGGUAGAUGAGUUUAUAUACAGCUGAUUCUCUUAAAUGAUGUCCAUAUUUAUCAUGUUUUUAUUAGAAAUGGAACACCUGCUGUCAUUCAGUAGUCCCCUACUUACCAUAAAAUAGCAUUAUUAAAUGAUUCAGGCUCCUGAACAGUGAUGAUAUUUUAAUUAAAUACUCCCUAAAAUACCAUAAUAAAAUAACUGAAGGCUUUUGCAACAAAGCCUUCUCUUUGACCCCAAGCUCCAGCACCUUGUGAGUCAGCAAGUGCAAGCAGGUGACCAUUGAUGUUUAGUUUUCACACUCCCCCAGUCUCUGCUUACCCUGACAAGUGGGCUUAAGAAGGGCUCAAUGAACUGGUUUAGUCAUAAAUAACAAUUUUAUAAUAGUAGUUCAGGUCGUGCCUUCUGCAGAGAAUGCAUGUCUUUUGAGUCUCAUAACAUGGAUUGUACCUGCAGUAAACAUAAAUAUGAAGAAAAGUGGAAGUGUGAAAUGGGAUUCUUCAGCUGUUUGUGGGAAUGUUUAAAUUGCUGUCAUAAUGCUCAUUUUGAGCUGUGUAUAUGUCUCACUAUGAGGUCAAAUACUUAUGUCCUUAAAAGCUUUUAAUAAAAAUACAUUGUAAAUGUAGUGUAUAUUGCAAAUAUUGAAAAGUAUAAAGUUCUGCCACUUCUCGUAGUAAUCACAGAUUUUUAAAAAUGCUUGUGUGUGUGUGAAAGUAGUUUUUUGUUUGUUUUUUUAAACUAGGACGAAGAUGCACAGUUCAAUUUUACUGCCCCCAGCGUGCAUUAGAACUGGUACAUAAAUUUUUGUGGUACUAAGUGGGGCUUUGUGUUAAGUGCCUACUAGAGAUGCACUGUGGGUUUUUCCCUCUAUGGAAAACACUUACGCCAAGCUUUGUUUGUUCAGUAUAUCAUAUUUAUCUCAGUGGGUUAGCUUCCUCUGCUUACAGCUUUUUAUAAUUCUCCUUGCCAGUGAAAUAGAACUAAUUUUUUCCAAAGUACAUAACUGUAAGUACCACAUCAAUUGAAUUGCAUUUAUUUUUUGAAAAUCUUUGGUAGUAUAGUAUAGUACCAAUAUUUAUUUUUUUGAAAG